AUGGCCCACAACCUCUACUACUGGUCCUUGGGCGUAGUGCAGUGGACGCUGCUGGAAGCCCUGAUGAUGCGCUUGUGGGCCACUGGGAAGGUGCCUUACGUCACGGCCGCUGAGAUCAUCUCCGAUCCUGUGCUGCUGUGCUGGAAUGUAGUCUGGGUCUUCGCGAUGCCAGUCUGGAAGGAUCUGCACUUCUACAUCGCCCACCGCUUCAUCCAUAUCCGGGGCGUUUAUAAGUAUGUGCACAGCCUUCACCACCGGAACUCGGACCCCGAGCCCUUCUCCGGGCUCACCAUGCAUCCCGUUGAGCAUCUGUAUUACUACUCCAAUGUCUUCUUCCCGGCUCUCUACCUCAGUGGGCUGAGCCCCUUCUUGUUCUACUGGUGCUUUUUCCAGGUUACUAUUGCACCUGCUUGCAGUCACAGCGGCUGGGAGGACCAUUUCCAGUCCAAUCAGUACCACUACUGUCAUCAUGCCAAGUUCGAGUGCAAUUAUGGCUCCCCGAUGAGUGGUUUCAUCGACCAGUGGUGUGGUACCUUUCGCGAGAAGCUGGGCGAUUCCAAAGAGUACAAGGGAGAGUUCAAGAAGGAAAUCAACGGCAAAAGCAGCAAGACAUGGGCUCCAGAAUCGUACUUGGGCAUGCCCAAAGAUAUGUACCACUGCAUCUACACCCUCUUCUCUGCCUCUCUGGUGCCUUUGGUUGCUUUGGCCACCAAGCACUCUGACCAAAAGCUCUUGGGCUUCUCCAUAGCACAGCUGGCGGCCUUCAUUGUGGCCUUUGGACCGGUACUGCUGGCGGUGGCUCUCUGCAGUCUUUCUGGGGACAAGUUGAGCUGGCGCUGGCCCUUCCAUAAAGAGCGAAUCUUGGGGCAGUUCGGGGUCUUCCUGACCCUGGGCUACUUCGCCUGCCUGCUUCCCGUCUACCAUGCGGUUUCCUGGAACAACACCAACAAGCAGAUGAUGUCAGGCGCAGUGGACGAUAGCAUUUACGGCAAUGUGCCUGAAGGGAAGCAGAACCUCAGCCCGAAGACCAGUCCGAUGUGCAGCCCCAGGGAGGCGCAAAGCCCGCACGACGUGGGCGCCAUGUUUUUGUCCAAGAUGAAUCCUCUGCGGCGACAGCUGGGCGACCGCGCCCUGCAGGAGGAUCCCUUGGUCCGGGACGACCUGCGCCCGGCUCUCUGGAGCGAGGGCCGCGCCAUGUCGCAGUGCCUGGCGCUGUACCGCCGCGCCGUAGGGAGCCGGCGAUCGGAGCACGACCCGCAGACCAUGAAGGUGGCCCGGAAACUGGCGCAUCUCUACAACGAGGAAGCCCGGCAGGCGUUGCUGGAGACUUCCCAGGCGAAGGCCGAGGAGCUGCUGAAGGAGGCCCAGCACUGGAUGGCCCCUCGGGUGAAAGUGGGCCAGCCAGGGAGACGGGGGAAACCUCCCUCAAAUUCCUAG